AAAAAAACAAAGGUUGAACACCAGUAAAUUAAAGUUCAAGCUCCUGAUGAUAGAGAUAAAAAAUAAGCAUGAUCCUGACAAAUUCUAGAAAUAUUCUCCGGAAUUUUCAUCAAUCAAAAGAUUUAUGCAGCGGUCUAAAGAGCUUGGUACCUGCAGCUUGUGUAACUGGGCAACAUACAUGUAGGACAACAGCUGCUGUUAUUAAUCAUGCAUCACAGAAAUGUUUACAUACAACAUGUGAUAGGCUUGUCACUUCCCAGUCACUUUGUGUUCAACAAAAACGACAUAUGAGGAGGCUUUAUCCAGAUCCAUUAGAGAGAGAUAUGGAAUAUUCUUUAUUACCAGAAGAAAAGACAAAUUUAGAUCUCAAUCAUGUACCAGAUCUUGGACAUCAAGGACCAGAGCUGAUUGCUAAAGUAGAGGAAGCAGUGAAGGGAGAUAAUUUGGGAAGAUUGUUUGCAGUGAUACAUGUUGGUGGCAAGCAGAGAAAAAUUACAACAGAAGACAUGGUUAUUGUAAAUGGUUUCUUUCCACCACAGAUUGGGGAUAAAAUCAGAUUAGAAAAGGUGAUGCUGGUUGGUAGUAAAGAUUUUACCUUAUUUGGAAGACCUCUGUUAGACCGUGAUAUUGUGCGUGUUGAGGCUACAGUCAUUGAGAAGACUCUGUCACAUGUCAGGCUUCAUUGGACUCAAAUGAAACGUGCAAGAAGGCUCAAAUUGCAGCAGACUCCCCAAAGUGUACUGGUUAUCAACCGUAUAGAAGUUGAUCCAUCAGCUUUCCAGUAAACUUACAAAAUAUUAUGACAAAUAUUCAUAGAUGUGAAAUUCUUUCAAUGAUGAAACUUGUGAUGCGGAGGAAAUGAACAUGUUUUGUGACCAGAGAUUGCCAGUUAUAGUUCUGAUAGAGUGCUGAGAAAACACUAAACAUAUACAGUUAAACUUCUUUCGCUUGAACUCGAAUCGCUCGAAUACCUCCUUUCGCUUGAACUAAAUUCCUUUAUAAUAUAUAUUGUUCUACCUCGGAUCGCUCAAACUCUCGAACCUGCUCUCUGGUCCCUUCGGCAGAAAUAUAGUGAAAAUCACACCUUUUCGGUCGAACAAAAAAAACAAGUCGAAAUGUUCUAAAUAAAUGACAGUCGGCGACACAUGUCAUCGUGACAAAGGUAAUUAAGGUUAUUGAUACAAAAUAAGAGGUGUUGUAAACCAUUUGUUUGUUAGGAUAAUAAUGUUGAUUUGCCGUUUAUGUUAACAAUAAAAAGAAAAUAACUCAUGAAAUAAGUGAAAUAUGCAAAAGUCAGUAAAGAAUGACCAGGACGGCUUUAAUUACAACCGUGGUUCAUGUAAUGUGAGUUGUAACAGUGUUAUCUAUUUAUAGAAUGAUACUUUUACGUGUGUUUAUUUUAGAAAAUGACUUCUGUAAAACAUUUGUUUUUUUUAAAUAUUUCAUUAAUUUAUUUUUUAAAAUUAAAUUCAUUCCAUUAUAAACAUAUAAAUAUAUUUUAAACAUUGUUCAACAAGUUUGGUCUGAUUGCCCAAUCCAACUCGACCAAUUACAAUAUGCAUUAAUAAAGAUUAACACAGCGUUCCGUUAAUACUUAACACUGGGAUAAUAAUUCUGAAUAUGACAUAUUCUAGGAACAGAUGCACUGACAAACAAUUAUAUUGAAGUAUAUUCGACUGAUGUAAGCUGGAAAACCUUUAGGCAUACGAUCAACGUAGUAACAGUUGAACCUCUGUUGGCUCGAACUACAGAUCUCUCGAACAAAUUUACACAGGCCCUCUGAGUUCGAGCGAACAAAGUUCGACUGUAUUUCAGACAUAUUGAUCUACAUUACUCUGAUGAUAUUGCGUGUUCUGAUGGCAUCAUUUAUGUAUUUUAAUAUAUAACAUGUACUUGAAAUAAAGUGGUUACAAAGGUGA